CACGAAUCCACCAUUUCGUACCGAUUCCCAUCGUCAUCUGGGAGCCCAUCCCCUCCCCCCAUCAUACCAUCGUCGCCCGAUCUGGCGCAUCAAAACGAACCCGGACCCUCCAACCCCUACCUCGCCCUCCCGCCGCCUGAAGACGAGAUCCCUGACCUUGGCAAGUUACCCUCCGAACAACCACCCUCGCCCCCACCUACCGCACCUGCUCCUACCAUGUCAGGACAUCACCGCAUCACUCUCGCUGCCAACCCCCCCUACUUCGAUGGCGACAAGUCCAAAUACCUGGGCUUUGUGGACGCGUGCACCACUUACAUCGGUGCCUAUCGGUCAGAGUUCUCGCUGGACGAGACGAAAAUCCUCUUCGUCCUGUCCUACCUCCGCAAUGAGAGCGGCACAAGCUGCGCCGCCUCAAGAUGGGCGAUGAACUGGAAGCAGCACAAUUUCGAGGGAUUCCAAGGACUAAAGGCGGGAGUCACCGCGACAAGCUUCUUGGAGGAGCUUCAGAGGGCCUUUGGGGAUUCUAACGCAGAGCAAGUCGCUGCCGCCCGACUCAUGGCCCUUCGCCAGGGCAGACGGUCCUUCGCGGACUACAUCUCUGACUUCGAAAUGCUGGCUGCGGACGCGGGGUACAACGUGGUCGCCUCAACCGAUGACAAGGGCGAGUACAAGAAGGGGGAUCAGGACAACAUCCUCAUCGAGUUCCUCGAGCGCGGACUCAGCAGCGAAAUUGCAAGCCGCCUCUACAACACCGGCGUCCCCCUGCCCAAGGCAUAUGGUGCCUUCAAGAACUGGUGCGUCAACAUCGAGGCCAAUGCCUUGCGCGAUCAGCUGCGUAAGGCAUCCUAUGCGCACUCAACUCCGCGGCCCCCACCCCAAUUCCGCCCUCAGGCUGCACCAUCAGCACCUGCACCCGCUCCGGCCCGACCAGCGGCCAAUGAGCCGGUUCCGAUGGAGAUCGAUCGCACCCACGCCCGUGGCCGCAAUAUCAUCUGCUACAACUGUCAGCAGCCUGGGCACAUUGCGCGGAACUGCCCUGAGCCCAAGAAGAAGCGCACGUUCUUCAAUCGGGCCACAAUGCUAGAAGAGAUCGAGAACGGGGACAAGGACAACGAGUUCCUGAAGGAGAUCGCCGAGAAGCUGCGAACCACGUCAACAAAGACCGAAAAGGGGAGCAUCGCUCCGGAGGCUCAAUCCUUGAAAAAGGAGGAAGCGCCCAAGGAAUCUGCCGAAAUCAGGAUUCCAGAAGCACCCAAACGCACAAGGGUGCCGGAUGCCGUUCAAAGGAAAUGGGCAGCCGAGAGACAGAAGGGCCCCCAGCCCAGCAGACUGGCGCAGGAAUUGCGCAACUACCAGGCCGAAAGGAAGAGACAUUCGAUGGACGUAUAUGUCCAGAUCACAGGCCUGGACUCAGGAAAGACGCGCAGAGUCAAGGCGCUACUCGAUAGUGGCUGUAGCACCUGCUGCAUCGAUACCGACUACGCGCGGGCAGAGAAGCUGGAUAUCCAAGAACUUCCCCAACCCAUUGUGGCUCGUAACGCCGACAACACCGAAAACAUCAGCGGCCGGAUCACGCAUUACGUUGACCUAAGGAUGAGAAUCGGUCCUCACGUGGAGACACGCACGUUCCUUCUGACGUGCUUGGGGAAGGCCCGGAUCUUCAUUGGUCUUGACUGGCUGACGGAACAUAACCCGGAGAACGGUGUCACAUGA